AUGGAUACUUUAGAUUCCAAGAAUUCUUUGCCUCCUCUUAGAUCAAGUAUGUUUGACACUGGACAUGAAAAUCCUUUCAAAGUUCCUCCAGACGAAGAAAUCCUCAACAUUCGCGAAAUCAAAGCAAAAGAAAAAGAGGAUCGAGUAAAAACUAGAGGACAAAAAAUCUGAGAGAAAGGAACCAAAUACAACCGCGCAGGAGCAUUACGAAAAAUAGAAGAAAUUGAAAUAAGUUCAACUCCUGUUGAAGAAAAAGUAACAGUUGCAGAAGCCGCACACGCAGCAUUAGUUGCAGAUCGUGUAAGAGCUCGAGAGAACAUCCACAAAACAAUUGAAAAGAAAAGAGAAAUGUUCUUGCUACAAAUGAUGAUUGAUAUUAAAAAGGAAGAAAUUAAGAAGCUUGAACAAUUUGCAUUACUAAGAGAAUAUGGGCUAAAAAAUUCAGAAGAUAUGCUUAUUGAAGAUACUACAAGAUUCAAUGAAUACUGGGAUGAAUGCAAGCGGCAAAGUCAUGAUGCAAUGAAAGAGGCGAAAAAGCUGAAUAAAAUAAAAAUUGAUAUUACUCAUGAUAUUAACCAUCUCAAUGAAGAAAUUCAACAGCUUCAAACUCAGAUACAAAAACAUGAAGAAAGCCUUGAAGAAUAUACAAAGUAUAAAGAAUUCCUCGACAAAGUAGAGCCGCAUGAAGAAGGUUCAGGUAACCAUUUCCAAAACUCAGAGCAGCUAACCGAUAUUUUUCAUGGGUAUGUAGAAAAUAACUUGAUUUUGAUCCAAAAUAUACAAGAGCUUGAACAGAACUUGGAACAGGCAAAACAUGAGUUUGAAAAUAUUGAAAAAUUAACUGGGCAUAAGCUGUCAGAACUCACUGGGGGAAGAUCAGAGCUAGGAAAAGCUAUUGAAGAAAAGGAUAAAAGAUGUAUACAAUUAGAUGGAAGGCUGAAAAAAACUAUGGAAAACGAAUUGUCUGGGCAUCCAGUUUUGGUAAGGCUUGAACAAACCACUAGAGAUGUCCUUGGAUUAGAAGCAGACGAAGGUCAACAAGAUUGUUUAGGGUUGCUAACUGAGGUUGAGUAUAGACUUGAUACUUAUUUAAGGAUUUUUAAAGAAUUUGAUCAAAUUGACCCUGAAUAUGUCACCAAAAAAGCAAUUGAUUUAGAAAAAAACCGCAGAGAGAAAUCAAGAAAUGAGACAUUAAUCAAAGAAAAGAAAAAAACUCAAGAUAAGCUUCAAAAAUACAUGGAAAGGUCUGCAAACCCUAAAAUUAGAAAAGUAGGGAGGCAGCCAAUGCCUAAGAGCAAACUGCCAGAGAAAAUCGUUGAAAAAGUGGUUGUGGCGCCUCCACAAGACGAGCUAGACCGCAAUGAAUUUUUAGGAGAUGACUAA